AUGGCAGGCUGGAUGCUCAAAGUGGUUAGCCAAUCGGUGCCGUUGCUAUGCUUGCUGCCGGCAACGUACAUACUGAUCCUCUUCGGUGGGUCGUAUUUCUCAGCGCCCGCAAACGGGCCCUUGCGAGUGGAAUGCCAUGCCAGUGGCCAGUGCCAAAUGCUGGCCACUGUUCAGGUGGACCCGCUUGCGUUGUACUUCCCGAUUUUUGACGUGCUCUUGGCGGCCUUCCUUCUCGCCUCCAAUGUUCAUUUCGAUCCGAGGCAUUGCUUCGGUCUUUGUUGGUGUGAAGUUACUUUUGGCGCAGCUGCUUUGUGCCUGCGCAGAGCUCGCACCAUGGACAUGUCUCAGCUGGUCAAGGAGUUGGAAUCAACUGGUGCCAGCGGCAUUCUUGCCGCCGUUCCGCUUGACGUCGGGCUGCCGGCGAUUUGCUUUCUCGUGGCUUUCGCUGUUAUGAUUUGUUUCAAUCCGUGGCACGGCCGGCGCCCUCAAGAGGGACAACCUGGCCCGCGCUACAUGUGGAGCACCUUCAGUUGGCGACAGCAUCGAUCUCCGGCUGCUGCCACUCAACCACGAGAACGUCCGACCAUCAGCAAACUUUCCAUGGGAAAAGUCGUUGGGGAGGGUGCCACUUCGAAAAUCCACGAAGGUCGAUUCAAAGGCCGCGCAAUUGCUGUGAAGGCAUUGAAAAAGCGAAGUCCCGAAGAAAUUCGGACGUUGGCCGCUGAGUACACUGUCUUGAAGAAGCUGCAUCAUCCGAACAUCAUCCAGCCAGUCGCCUCCGUCUGCAACGAGUACUUGGGGCUCCUGGUGUUGCCCAUGUGCGGGGCGGAUCUGUCCUCGUGCAUCCAAAGCGGGCUGAUCUCGUAUUCAAGUGUGCGGCUUUUAGCUGCUAGCAUGCUGUCAGCUUUGUCAUACAUGCGAAGUCAGGCAUUGUGCCAUUUGGACGUGAAGCCCGGUAACAUCCUCCGCUUCCAAACGACCUAUGUCUUGGCAGAUUUCGAAACGUGCAGUGCGUAUGAUCCUUGCAUGCGUAACAAGCCAGGUACUGUUUUUUACUGGCCACCUGAGGCUUAUGAUAGCCGAGGAUAUGAUGGACACAAAGCUGACAUCUAUGCAUUGGGCGUGACAAUUUCCGAAACCAGUUGCACAUUUACGCGUGCUGAGCUUGCGAGGGUGGCCCCUGUGGUUGAAAGGAUGAAGUGUUGCGAGAUGACCCGGCCUACCGCUGCAGCCAUGUUAAAGGGCUUGAGGUUGGCCUUGCCGCUGACGGCAGUUUGA